CUUUGCGGACAAACCCUAAACCCUUAAUACAUUUCCUCCUUCUCUCUCAAUCCGUGACUCAGCUCCAACUCUGAAUCCCCCAGUCGCGAUUCGCCGACCUCACCUCCUCCUCCAGCCGCGCCUCCUCACUCAGCCCCUAUGCAUAUGGAUUCCACCGAUUCUUCGGCAGUUCAAGCAGAAGACAAAGAGAAGGAGCAGCUCACAGAGAAUAUGAACAAAUUGCAUAUUGAAGGAUCAUCAUCAUCUGGGAAUGGAUCACCUAACUUCAGAAGAAAACCGGUCAUUAUCAUAGUUGUAGGAAUGGCAGGUACUGGGAAAACAACAUUUCUUCAUAGGUUGGUUUGCCACACACAAAUGUCGAAUAUUCGGGGUUAUGUGGUCAAUCUCGACCCAGCUGUCAUGACCCUGCCGUUUGCUGCAAACAUUGAUAUUAGAGAUACUGUUAAGUACAAAGAAGUCAUGAAGCAGUUUAACCUUGGCCCUAAUGGUGGAAUUUUGACUUCCCUUAACUUGUUUGCUACCAAGUUUGACGAGGUAGUCUCUGUUAUCGAGAGGCGAGCAGAUCAACUUGACUAUGUUCUUGUGGAUACGCCUGGGCAGAUCGAGAUAUUCACCUGGUCUGCUUCUGGUGCUAUUAUUACAGAAGCAUUUGCCUCCACAUUCCCCACUGUAGUCACCUAUGUUGUUGAUACACCUCGUUCAGAAAAUCCCACCACUUUCAUGAGCAACAUGCUUUAUGCUUGUAGUAUCCUCUACAAGACCAGGUUACCUCUUAUCUUGGCUUUCAACAAGGUUGAUGUAGCUCAGCAUGAAUUUGCCUUGGAGUGGAUGGAUGAUUUCGAGGCGUUCCAAGCAGCAGUAAGUUCAGAUCACUCGUACACAUCAAGCUUGACUCAGAGCCUUUCUCUUGCGCUAGAUGAAUUCUACAAGAAUUUGAGAUCAGUUGGAGUUUCUGCAAUUUCUGGUGCAGGUGUUGAAGACUUCUUCAAGGCUGUUGAAACUAGUGCAGAGGAAUACAUGGAAAGCUAUAAGGCUGAUCUUGAUAAAAGACGCGAAGAGAAGCAGCGAUUAGAGGCAGAGCGAAGGAGGGAAAACAUGGAUAAACUGAGGAGGGACAUGGAGAAAACUGGGGGACAAAACGUAGUCUUGAGCACUGGUUUGAAAGACAAAGAAGCAAGUAAAAGCAAGAGCAUAAUAGAAGAGGAGGAUGAGGUUGAAGAGGAUGAUAAAAUGGAUGAUGAUGAUGAUGAUUUGGGGAUAUAUAGUGAAGAGGGAGAUGCUAUAGAUGAGGAUGAAGAUGAGGAAGUUGAUAGGUUUGCUUUCUAAUGCAAAUUUUAUCAACCAAGCUCUAUUUCUCUGGAACUCUACCUUUGUAUAGGACCUUGACUUUUUUUUGAUACAUGAAUGCUACCUUUGUAUAGGACCUUGACUUCCAUUUGAUACAUGGAUGCUACCUUUAGAGUUUGAUCACUAAUUAAUCAACUAUUUUGUUUCUUAUA